UAUUACAGUCGUGUUAAGUGAUUUGCUGAAGAUGCGUUGCUCGCUGAUAUUUUUCCUAUCUGUUUUGAGUCUGACCUGUGCUGCUCCUCGAAAAACGGACGAUGAGAUCAUAGCUCAAUUUUUCAGCUACGCCAGGACUAUUCGAGACAUUGAAAUUCAUAACAUGGCCUAUCUUACUCAUAAAUUUGUGCAGUCAACAGUGGAUAGCGUGCCUGAGGAAAAUCGUGGACCGAUAACUGCUGACUUUCAGAACUAUGCUAACCGCGGCAAGGAUGUCCUUAAGCAAGGCACUACUCGCAUGAAAUACGCUUAUAUUGAAAAUAUGAGCAACACAUUAGAAGAAGUCAAAAAGAAGUUAAGCGAAACCCCUGAGUCACAGUCGAUUGUAAAGAGCUUAUUGGGCUUAAUGGGACUUGCAAUGGAGCUUGCUGAGGAGGACUCGAAGUUCACCACUAACUUCGUCGAAGGUGCCGCACAAAUGAAAGAGAAGUUGUCUCCGACCACCAUAGCCCAACAAAGUGAACUUUUCAAUGCAAUCGAGAAAUACGAAAGAUCUGAUUUACCCCAACAUGAACACCUGUUCGAUGAAUUUCUUAGCUUGGAAAAUUUCCUAAGCUUUUGCAACCAACAACAGAAAAUGAAAGCAUUUAAAUAAAAGUGUCACUGUCAGUAAAUGGUUAUCAGAAUUCGUGCGCCUCAUUUAUUCAAUUGUAUAAUAAAAAUGUUAUGAUCACAAAUACCUAAA